CAGAAAACCAGUCAAUCUCUGUCUCUGUCUCUGUCUCUCUUCCUUCCUUCCUUUGGACACAAAAUUCACCAUUUUUAAACAGUCGAACUCCUUGCAUUCUCUCUCUCCUUCAUCUUCUUCUUCUUCUUCUUCCAUAUCUCACCAGAUCUCUCUCUGUCAUCGGCGUCAAGUUCGCCGGAGCAAUUCCCGUGGCCUGGGAUGGCGGCGACUCCCAGCAUUUUCUUGUUCCGCGCGCAUCUCGCCGUCAAUGCCGGCCCAAAUCUAGUGUCGAUAACUUGAUGCGCAACUCUGUGUGUCGCUCGUCGUAAUCCUCGCCGCAUUCGGCGGGAGAUACCUGUAGUUGAGAGAUGCAGGUGGAGAAAAGACGGUCAAAGGGAGGCUUCCUACAGUUUUUUGACUGGAAUAGCAAGUCCAGGAAGAAGCUGCUCUCAAACGGUCCUGAUAUACCUGGUCCUGAUGAAGUUAAGCAUGGAACGGAUGAUGCAGAUAUCUUGGCGAAGUCAAGGUUUCAGAUGAAUGUUAUUGAUGAAAGUGGAGUUAGUUCAAGUAAAAGCGGAAGUAGUGAGUGGAACUGUGCUACUUCAAAGACCAGCAAUGAAGGAUCUGAAAACAGAGCCCCUGGAGUAGUAGUGGCUCGACUGAUGGGUUUGGAUUCAUUGCCAAAGUCAAAUGGUCCCGAGUCCUCCACCUCGUGUUCUAAAUCUCAUCAAGUCGAAGCUUCUCCUUACGGUGAUGGCAUCCGUGAUUUGCGAAGUAGAUGCAAUCCGAUUGAUUACCUCAGCAGUUCUAGUAAACUAGGCUAUUAUCUCCAAUUGAAGGUCCCGGAUUUGUUCCGGCCGAGAAUGCUGCCUAUGUUAUGGAGGCAGCCGUAGAGAUUAUUGAAGCUAAUCCCUGGGUUGUCAGAGGCAAAGCAUCAUCUGACUGUUUCAGCAUCAGUUCCUUUGAGAAUACAAGAUCUAAAAA